GUCCUGUGAAGGUGAUAGUUCAGUGUGUUUGUUAGUUUGUUUUGUUCUGUUUUUUCUUAUUUAUUGCAAUGAAUAACAAAUAUAAUCAAAUGGAAAAAUACAUGAAUGGUUGCCAAUUCCCAUACUGUGAUGAAGUUUUUUCGAAAUAUGAAACCCUUUUCAAAAUUGGCCACGGUACAUAUGGAGAGGUCUUUAAAGCAAGGGAGAGGAAAAACCAAAAAAAUUUGGUGGCGUUAAAGAAAGUCCUAAUUCACAAUGAGGGUGAAGAAGGGUUUCCUAUAACUUCACUUAGGGAAAUAAGAAUAUUGCAGCUAUUAAACCAUCCAAACAUAGUGCAUCUUGUAGAAGUUUGCCGGACACAAGCUAUUCCACAAAACAAUUUUCGCUCAUCAUUCUACCUCAUUUUUGAAUUCUGUGAACAUGACCUAGCUGGACUAUUAUCCUGCCGUAAAGUUAAAUUCAAUCUCGGUGAGGUCAAAACCAUCAUGAAACAAUUAUUCGAAGGAUUACAUUACAUACAUUUUAAUAACAUUCUUCAUAGAGAUUUGAAAUCAGCAAACAUUCUUAUUACUAAAAACGGAGUUGUAAAAUUAGCUGAUUUCGGACUGUCUAAAGCAUUUAGAAGAAAUAAAGCUUCUGAUAAUCGGACGAAUGUAGUAACUUUAUGGUACAGAGCACCUGAGUUAUUGUUAGGAGAUAGCACUUAUAAUACUGCAAUCGACAUAUGGAGUGCUGGAUGUAUAAUGGCGGAAUUGUGGACAAGGUAUGCUAUAUUGCAAGGAAGAACUGAAAAACACCAGCUUGAAUUAAUAUCUCAAUUAUGCGGAUCUAUUACUCCUGAUGUCUGGCCCAAUGUACAAAAUCUCAAAUUGUAUGAAAAAAUGGAUUUACCCAUGGGAGAGCAAAGAAAAGUAAAAGAAAGACUGAAACCCUACAUAAAAGACUCUCUUGCUUGUGACCUUUUGGAUAAGCUUCUUCUUAUUGACCCGUCGAAAAGGUAUAAUGCAGACGCUGCAUUAAAUCAUAAUUUCUUCUGGACUGACCCUAUGCCUAGUGAUUUAAGUAAAAUGCUUGCACAAUACAAACAAAGUAUGUUUGAGUACCUGGCUUCAACACAAAGAAGUAAUGAUAGAGAAAAUGCCCAAAAACCUACUACUACAAAUCUCUAUAGGCCUACCACUAGUACAGCAGAUAGUGGUUACCAAGAUCGCGUUUAUUAGAGAAAAUCCACUUUACAAGUGAAAAUAUAUGUGUUCAAUAUUAAUUGUUGAUUGAUAAAUUUUGAAAAA